ACUUGCGCGCGUGCAGUCAAUGCGCUCCGAUGCGCGGGCACUGAGCCGCCCACUUGCUCUAUCCCGUGUGAACGCGCACGCCACUGCGUGCACCAGCGACAGAGGAGCUGCUGCAGCUGCUUGCUUGUUGUGUGUGCUUUGUGGGGAUGCGACGUCUACUGUAAUAAAAAAAUUGCGUUAACCAAACCAAACAGUGCACCUGCCGAAAUACAACCAGUGGAGCCAGACUAGAAGUUUGCUGAAAGAGUAGAAGAUGGCUGAGCAGCAGAGGCAGCGGUCCCUGUCCACGUCUGGAGAUACACUAUACCACGUGCUGGGGAUAGACAAGAAUGCCACGCCAGACGAUAUCAAAAAAUCUUAUAGGAAACUCGCAUUGAAAUAUCACCCCGACAAGAAUCCAGAGAACCCUGAGGCCGCAGACAAGUUUAAAGAGAUCAACAGUGCCCACGCCAUCCUGGUCGACAACACAAAGCGCAACAUCUACGACAAGUACGGCUCCCUGGGGCUGUAUGUGGCAGAGCAGUUCGGAGAGGAGAAUGUAAAUACGUAUUUUGUCCUGUCCAGCUGGUGGGCAAAGGCUUUGUUUGUGUUCUGCGGCCUUGCAACUGGCUGCUACUUCUGCUGCUGCCUGUGCUGCUGCUGUAACUGCUGCUGUGGGAAGUGUAAACCCAAACCACCCGAGGGAGAAGAGCCCGAGUUUUAUGUCUCCCCAGAAGACCUAGAGGCACAGCUUCAGUCUGACGAGAAGGAUGGAGAUGCACCAAUCGUGAUGCAGCCUGCGUCAGCCACAGAAACCACCCAGCUGACAGCCGAUAGCCACACCAGCUACCACACUGACACAGGAUUUAACUAAAUCUUCCACUCGGCCCUGUCAAUUCACACCGUACAGUUUUAAUGAGGAAACAAGAAAAGGUCAUUUCACCACUGGAAUAGAGAACGCCCGAGGGAGAGAGUGGGGAGUGGGGGGGUGAACGAACUUUCACAGACAUCUUCUGCCAUGAAAACAAUAGACAUCAACAUUCGGUUGAGUUUUUUUUUUUUUUUUCUUCUUUGGUCUUCAUUGCUCCCAAGCCCUUCCACGACACAUGACGUUCUGUAGCAUGCAGUAUUUAAAGCAGUUUAGGUAGGCUUUUAAGUUUAGGUCUUGUUCUAGUCGUACAUAUUUACGUGGUUUUAUUUCAUCCACUGUAAGAUUUAUGUUUGCAUCGGAAGUAACCUUCUGCACAUAAGCAGUGGUUGGAUAAUAUCUUUGAACCCCAAUAAAGUGGUAGCCAGCUGUUCAGGUUUUUAGGACUUAAAAAAAAAAAAAAAAAAAAAAGUAUGUUAAUUAAUUAUGCAUUUCAUUGAAUUAUGCAUAUGGAAGUGUUCUUAGUCUGUUAAUGGGAUUUUUCUUGCAUAAUAUCCUUUAAUUGUUUGACCGGGGGGUGGGGGGGGUGGGGGGGUGAUUUGAUUAACCCAUACCCUGCCAGUGUAUUUUAAUCCGAAUCACAAAUAUUACACACAAAGUGCUAGAGAGAACAGUGGUUUAGCUACGUCUUGUACUUCCAGUGCUGCCUGAGAAAAGCACCAGUAAUAGAAACUCCAGCCCGCUAUUUCCUAAUGCGGUUCAUAUAGUCAUGCAAGUAAGGACGUCACUUUUCACCAAACUGGUGGCCAUUUUGGAUAGAGAAAGGCGGAGCAUUACUGAAGAAAUUUAAGGGAAUCAAAUUUAGCAUCGAUUCUGGGUUUCUUUUUUUAUUUUAAUUUCACGGGUUUAUAAAAUACACACUGGAAUGAAAGAUAGUGACAAGAAAAAAUGGAUUAUGAAAAGUAAAUUGGGGGGGGGGGGGGGGCGUUGUUUAAAACUAUGUCUUCAUCGUGUACAUAUUGGGCCUGAAACAUUUGUUAUUCAUAUUUUUAUUUUGUAUUUGUUAAUUUUAAUCUGCCACUAGUGUAAGGAUGUAAGACUACAGGCUGCCUAGAGUUGUACUUGUUGUAUGUUUUAAAUGUAGUCCGGUUUUAAAAAAGAGAACAAUAUAUAUAGUUAAGUUAUUUUUAUUGGUAUGUGUCAAAACGCUGUAGAUAAACUUCAUUUAUUGUUGUAUUUUUUAUGUCGAAGUUUACAAACUGCUUUAGAUAGUGCUAAAAGUGAAGCAACAUGCCUUUUUAAGUGUAUUAGGUAGAAUAGAAAGGGACUCCACUUCAUCUUAAAAGUGUGUGCAAUCUGCUGGUGUUGAUGUUGUAAUAGCGCUUAUUAGAAAGGCUAUUAAAUACCUCUUCUCUAACACCCCAGAAGAAAGGUGAUUUUUAAAACACACACUGCAGUCUCCCGUGUUCAUUGGAAACAUUUUUUACACAGAGUGAUUGCAUUUUAUUUAUUAUUUUAAAAAAAUGCCAGUAAACAACCUUUUUAUUAUUUCCUGUUGACAAUCAAAUGUUCAUUUCACAAUAAAACUAGUUACGUGUAAAAAAGAAAUAAACAUGCAAUUCUCUAUUUUAGGAAAUAUUUAAAAAAUAAAUAAAUAAAUAAAUAACUAGUAAUUGUAUUCUGUUUUCUUAGCCACCCAUUCAAUAGAUUCUCGCUGUUUGAAGGUCAUUCUGUGAAAGCUAAUCCUGCCUGGAUGUUUCUACUCAUCUGAGAUCUGGCAUACUGCAAACCUUUCACUCUUAGAAAGAGAUUCUUUAGCCAACUAGCACUACUGGAGUGUCGCUACCUUCAAAGAUGGUGUGUAAUUGGGUACUGUAUUUCCUUUCUGUUUUAGGGCAGCAUGAUUUCUACAUACUCAAUAGUUAUGUGAUCUGUUUUCAAAGCCGUUUCGUUAGACAGUAAUCAUACACCCCUGUCGGCAAGCCUACAAUGCACUCACAUUGCCUGUAUCGUAGAAUAAAUGGACUUGUUCUUUCCAAAGUGUGCACUGAUGCAGCAGCAUGUUGUAAGAGACAGUAUGUGGCACUCUAUUUGUGUUGUAUCAUUUUGUUCUUUAAAUUGUGUUUACUUUUAGAAUAUUGAAAAACAGUAUACUUAACACUUAUUGGUUGGUUAAGCUAUAGCCCAAUGUGCUAAAAAUACUACCGUAUAUUAUAAACUAAGAACUAUUGUAAACUUCCAACUAAGACUGUGUUACAAUGGCUGUAAGUGCUGGCUUCACUGAUCCAGCCUGACACUAUUCUACCUGAUUUUACAUACAGAUAAAAAGCAAGUAUCCUACUGCAAAUGGUAGCAUAAACAGCACUUGAUUCUGUUCAGAGGAACAAUAAUUCAUAUUCAAUGUAGUCUAAUUCAUGUAAAUUGUAAAAUUAAUUUCCAUUAUGUCUUGAGGUGAAUGGCAUUCUUGAGGGAAUUAAAAAAAAUAUAUAUAUACAAUUAUAGGGACCAUACUUUACCAGAGGAAAACCUUAGGAUGCUUGCUUGUCUGUUUUGGCUUUAACUCGAUAGUAAUAGUGAUUAAUCUCCCUGAAGUUAUACCCAGUGCAUUUGCAUAAUGUAUUAUAUAUCAUAACUACUGAACUUGAGAAAAAGGACCAUAGUCAUAGUGACGACUGCAAUGCGUUUAACGCUAUGCUUCUCCUUUUAAAAUACAGCCAUCGUUAACAUCAAGGCCAAUUAGUGAUUUUUAACAUUUCCAAAUAUCCCCUUCAGUCAAUGUGUGCAUAAUUGUACCAUGUGAAGUUUCCUAUCUAUGUAUCUAUUCUGUAAUGCAUUUCGAAGUUCUGGCAGGGCAACUUCUUAAACUCCAUAGAGUUCACACAAACUCUUUUGAAACUUCACAUUUAAUAAUGAAAAAUCAUGACUGACGGGGUUGUAUUCAUGCCAGUUUCUAACAUAUUUAUAUAUUGUGUAGUUUUCUGUUUUCUGUAGGUUUUUGUUUUUUAAAUAUACAAGUUUGAAUGUUAUGUUGUGUAGUGCAGAACCUUUUUUUUUUUUGUGGGACAUUGAAUUGUCUUUUAUGGACUCUGCAACAUUUUGUCAACCCAUAUACCAUAAAAUGAAUGAAUCAUGUUUGUAAGUUUUAAAACAGAUUCACAGCCAGGCCCUUGACUCUUAAAGUUACUGCUUCAUGGUUUGUUGAUGGAGUAUUUUGCACUGUAUGUGCCAAAUUGUCAUGUACAGUCAAAAGCUGUUUUUUUUUAUUCCUACCAAGUCUUGUUGUGUUUUGCUGUAGGGUAACAAACUGCUUUGUGCCAGUCAGUAUGCCAAUAUGUUGAAUGAUUAAAUAUCAAUUUCCAGUCAUCCCCCCUGCUUUGGUUGGUUGUGUAUUAUCUGUGACUAUAGGAGUACUAUCCCAGCCUCAAGAUGUGCUAUGGCUUAUUUUUAAAAACAUUGGAAAUUGUAAACUGUGAGUGAGUGAUUGCAUAAUGGAACUGUAUUGGAUUACUGAUAAAGACAUGUUCUUUUAAGCUCUAAAAUAUUAGUGGAUUAAAUCGUGAUACAGUAUUAAUGCAUUCAUUUUAUUUUUUGUUUGUUUUGUUUUCUUAAAGGACCAUAGUUUUAAAUUGUAUGUACAAUAUGUAGAUGUGGCCAUUAAAAAUGUUGGCUUAAUGGAAAUGGGCUCCUGUACAUAUGCUUAAAUGAUAAUGAUAUUAAUACAAUUGUAUGUUUUAGCAUGGUUAUUUAUGUACUGUAUGUCUGAAAGAAAACAUUGGUAAUUUAUCUGAUUUUGCUGUUGUAAAAUAAAUAUGUUUCUGAUGCUUAAA